AUGAACGUGAACAAGAAUUUGGUGAAGAAGACAGGAAGAACCCCAAAAGCUUGCGCAAGGUGUCAGAAAAGGAAGAUUAAGUGUAAUGGUGGUAGACCAUGCCUUAGCUGCCUGGGGUGCCAAGCAAAAUGUCAGUAUACUAAUCAACAGUUUCCAUCUCCUGACAAAUUCUUUCUAAGGAGAAAUCCACCUUUGGGGGUUAAUGGAGCAAGUCUAGUACGUCAGAGCAGGUCUGCUGUACCCCUUCACUUGCAGAAGUUGUUGUCCGAUGUUGCUAUGUUCCUCGAUGGAAUAAAUCUGCAACUUUUUUUGAAUUUGGAUUCCAGUCAAAUCAGUGCUUACGAAGGUAAAACAUCGAUUGAAACUGUGUUAAUAGGAAAGCAGAUGCAAUACUUGAAUCGAUUUUCAGACACUUUGUCUGCCACAGCAAAACACACACCUACCACGUAUUUCGGUCUUUACUCAUCUCUCCUUCAUUUCACGCCUAUGGGUAUUAGCUGGUUAAUUCAGAAACUUAUAUCUUACUCGGACGAGAGAGCAAUCAAAGAGACCGUAUAUUUGAUUCUAAAGUUCUUAGAUACUAGCACUUCUAACUAUGAAUCGGAUCAGCGUCUUAGACUAACGCAUCCUCUGAAAUUUUACGCCUGUUCAAAAUCUCUGGUAUAUGAUGAAGAAAGAAUUAUUAUGCAUAUUCUAAAUGAGUUAAAACGUAGUUUUGAAGAAAUAGGCUCAGUUCCAAACUCCUUUCAUGCAUUUCGAGAGGCAGAAAAUGGCUUCUCCUUCUCAGCUUUACUUCUAAAGCAGCAUCAGUCUACUUUCAAUCACUCAAAACACAAUCAACAAUCUUUGAAAAGGUUUCUUGAAGAGAGUGACUCAAUUUUUUGUCUUUGCCUCGAAUUUUUUCAAAAAUCUAUUUUUUCUCAGUUAUAUGAUAUAGGUCUACUCAGCAGUUUGCUCUCUUUGAUCGAAAUUGUUUAUUGGAGAGAGGAUAGUUACAUUAUAGGGCAACUCAUCAGUUCGAUCUCGAGAAGAAGCUUAGACAGCGGGUUGAACAGAUGGGAAUAUUACGUUAUGAAGGAUGAAUCGACUGCUGAUGAGUAUAGACGAUUGUGGUGGAACACAUAUUGGUGGGAUAAAUGGCAUGCUUCUAUGACUGGAAAACCACCUUCAAUCCCAGAAGAAAUGUGUUGGUGCCUGUUUCCAAGAAACUUAAUGCAAUUGGGAAUAGAUGAAUCAAUGGAUUGCCUAUCAUUGAUUGAUAACGUUGAUCUAAAUUUAUCAGACCAUAAUUCUUCUACCUUAUUUUGUCACAUUUUGAUGUCUAAGCUCAUUACUAGACUAUUUUCUGUUGUCUUGUAUAACAGAAAUUUUACAGAUUACAGGCUUUUCACAGCGGAGGCAGCCAAUAAUUUGGCAUGGACGGUAGAACAAUUGAAUGAAGAGUUUGAUUAUGUUUCCGGUUUAUAUACAGCAUUUGAGAGGAAAAUAGGCUCUUUUCUGCGAUCCAACUCUCAGAAUGAAGUUUACUUCGAAGUUUUGAUACAGUAUGAAUUUAUCGGGGCCGUUUCUUUCCAGUCAAUGCAGAGUUUGUUGCUACGAAUUCAAAACCUUUCACAAAAGAAUCAAAAAGCUAAUUGCUUUAAACAGAUAAGCGUAUGUGAGGAGAGGGUAUCGCAUUAUUCCACUGAUCUCUUGUUGAGUGUCAUUAAAAAUGGUGAUCAUUUUCAAAUCAUCAAAAGUAUGAGGGCGGUGUUCACCACUGUUAUCAAUUCAGCGUCGUUGUUGAUAAAAAACCCUAGGAACAAUCCCUUUUAUCAUUUGUCUUUAAUAUGCGGUGUUGUUAGUAAGCUCUCAAAAUCAUUAAGUUGUACAGACGAUGGGUCGUGCACCUGGAAGCGGCUACAGCAAGGAGUAAGAUUUUCUCUGAUUCUCGCGCGUGCCUGUUCUCAAGCUAUCAUGUCCUCCCAAAAUAUUUCCUUAAGCGAUGUCAAAGCAGAACUGCUCAACUAUGGACACAGUUGUGUGGAAAUACUCGAUUGGGCAUUUGAUAUAAACAGUGCUUGGUACAAAAACUUGAUGUGCAACUAUAGACAAUCGUGUUUUAGCGAGUCCGUCCUUCAAAAUAUUGAUAAGAGAGUCGAAGAUUUUGCUCACAGUGAAAAAACAGAUGCCACUAGUAUACCAUUAGCCAUUGGGGUUGACAAUGGUGAUAAAUCAAGCUCUAGCGAAUGGUCACCCAAAGAAAUUGAUCUUCAAAAUCUUGACUUCUUCUUGAAGUCGGAUGCUACCUUAGAUUUUUUAACUUCCCUUUGGCAUGACGCUCCACCACAUGUAUUCGAUUUUGGUAAUCAGGAUUUUAGCUCUCCCGGUUAA